AUGGCGACCGCCGCGGCCUUCGUUGCCCGGCAGCUGGGCCUGCUGGAGGACGAGCGGGAGGCCGAGAUCGACGAGAGCAGGAGCUGGCAGAAAAAUGUCUCUCUCAAAGAGCUGCAGCGUCGAGGCGUGUGCCUGUUGAAGCUCCAUGUGACCAGCCAGAGGACCGGGCUGUACGGCCGGCUGCUGGUGACCCUGGAGGGCCGGAAGCGGGGCUCGGGCUCGGGGCUGCCCGCCAACAGCUUCGGCCCCGGCGACAUCGUGGGUCUGUGCACGGGGGCGAGCGAGGAUGCCGAUCCGGCCAGGGGGGUCGUGACCCGGCUCACCCCCGAGGCCGUCACUGUGGCCUUUGAGGAACCACAGGGGGGCCAGCUCAGCUUGGACCCAGAGAGCACAUUCAGCCUGCUCCGCCUGGCCAAUGACGUCACUUACAAGCGGCUAAAGAAGGCUUUAACCCGGUUGAACCAGUACCAUUCCGGUCCCGCAUCCUGCCUGAUCGAUGUUCUCUUCGGCUCGUCCGAGCCCAGUGACCCCGCGCAGAACCGCCCCACCGUGUUCUUUGACGAGGCCCUGGAUGCGUCCCAGAGGGAGGCCGUGACCUUUGCCCUGGCUCAGAGGGAAGUGGCUGUGAUCCACGGCCCUCCGGGCACGGGGAAGACCACUGCUGUGGUCGAGGUAGUGCGGCAGGCUGUUCACCAAGGCCUCAAGGUGCUGUGCUGUGCCCCGUCCAACACCGCGGUGGACAACCUGGUGGAGCGCCUGGCCGGGCACCAAGAGCGGGUGCUGCGCCUGGGUCACCCGGCCCGCCUGCUGGACUCCACCGUGCGGCACUCCCUCGACGCCGUCCUGGCCCGCGGCGACGGCGCCCAGCUUGUGGCGGACAUCAGGAAGGAUAUCGACCGGGCUUUGGCCCAAACGCGGAAGACUCAAGACAAGGGGGAGAAGCAACACCUGCGGAGUGAAGUUAAGGUGCUGAGGAAAGAACUGAGGGAGCGGGAGGAGGCGGCCAUGCUGGAAACCCUCACCAGGGCCAGUGUGGUGCUGGCCACAAACACAGGGGCUUCUCCCGACGGGCCACUGAAGCUGCUCCCCGACGACUACUUUGACUUGGUGGUGAUCGACGAGUGCGCGCAGGCCCUCGAGGCCGGCUGCUGGAUCCCCCUGCUCAGGGCCCGCAAGUGUGUCCUGGCUGGAGACCACCAGCAGCUGCCCCCCACCAUCCUCUCCCACAAGGCGGCCACGCAGGGUCUGGCAGUUAGCCUGAUGGAGCGCCUCGUGGAGGAGCGGGGCGACAGGGUGGUGCGCAUGCUUACCGUGCAGUACCGCAUGCACCAGGCCAUCAUGCGCUGGGCCUCCCAGGAGAUGUACGAUGACCGGCUCACCGCACACCCGUCCGUCGCCGGUCAUCUCCUGAGGGACCUGCCCGGUGUGGCCUCCACCGAGGAGACAGGAACCCCGCUGCUGCUCAUAGACACUGCAGGCUGCGGCCUACUGGAGCUGGAACAGGAAGAUGAGCAGUCCAAAGGAAAUCAAGGGGAGGUCCGCCUCGUCGCUCUGCACGUCCAGGCGCUGGUGGAAGCUGGGGUUCGAGCAGCUGACAUAGCCGUCAUCGCCCCGUACAACCUCCAGGUGGAUCUGCUGAGGCAGGACCUCGUGCCCAGGUACCCCGAGCUGGAAGUGAAGUCCGUGGACGGCUUUCAGGGACGAGAGAAGGAGGCCGUCGUACUGUCCUUCGUCAGGUCUAAUAGGAAAGGGGAGGUGGGUUUUCUGUCCGAGGCACGGCGGAUCAAUGUGGCAGUGACUCGGGCCCGGAGACACGUCGCGAUAGUCUGCGACUCCCGCACCGUUGGCACCCACCCCUUCCUGAAGAGGCUGGUAGACCACCUGUCGGCCCACGGGGAGGUCCGCUCGGCCUUUGAGUAUCUUGACGACCUGGUGCCCGGGAACUACGCCGGUGAUGGCCGGCGGGGCCGGGUCCCGGGCUGCCCCGGGGCUCCCCCGGGGCCCCCAGCCUCCAGCGGGUCACGGCAGGGGGGUGGCCCGAGAGCUGUCCCCUCCCGGAGGCCCCGCGGGGGGAAUCUUCCAUCCCCGACGCCCCCGAGCACGGGUGCCGGGUCCCUGAGCCGUGCACCCGGCGGCCCGGUGGCGGGGGGUGCCGCGGAGGCUGAAGCGGAGGCGAGGGAGGCCAUGGGGCGGUGGCGGGCGACCGUGCUGGAGUUCCUGGAGAGCCGCGAGAGCCGCCUGGAGUUCCCCCCGUCUCUCAGCUCCCGUGACCGGCUGCUGCUCCACCAAAUCGCCCAGGAGCUGGGGCUGAGGCACGAGAGCCGAGGACAAGGGAGGAAGAGGUUCCUCACCAUUAGCCGCAUAGAGCCCCCAGCUGAGACCCCCGCUGAGACCCCCGCUGAGGCUGCUGUGUCCUCGGACGGUCCCGUGCUCCCUUCCACUGGGGAGCGGUCCCCACCUGGACCGCCACCUCCUGGGGAGCAGCCCCCACCCGCCGGAGAGCAGCCCUCGCCCGGGCCUCCGCCUGCCGGGGAGCAUCCCCCACCCGGGCCUCCGCCUGCCGGGGAGAAUCCCCCACCCGGGCCUCCGCCUGUCGAGGGAUGGCUCCCACCCGGACUUCCACCCGCCGAGGAGCGACCCCAACCCGGGCCUCCCCUAGCCGGCCCCAGGGAUCCCGUGGACCUGAAAGCCCUGCACCUGGAGAGGAUGAAGAGGCGAGCCCCUCAGCGGGAAGCUGUCAAACCGCUGCCCCCCAGGACUUCGAGGCCCCCGCCGGCAGCGGGCCAGGAGAAAAAGGGAGCCCGAGGGCGAGCGGAAAAAGCAGGGGCGGCGGUGGCCAGCCUGGGGGAAGAAGACUUUGACGAGUUGGUUGCUGCCGCCGUGAAGGCAGACAGGACGUGUGCGUUCCCCAAGUGCCGAGCCAGCACUGCCAUUUUGGGUUUCCUCUGCCUGCACUGUAAUCGCCGCUACUGCCCCGCACACCACGUCCCAGAGGUGCACGGCUGCGGGGAGGGGGCCCGAGCCUGUGCCCGCCGCAGGGCCAGCAGAGAGGCAGCCGCCGUCACCUCCAGCAGCGGCCCCAAGGCCCGGGGCCUGGACUCCACCCAGCGGGCCUGCCUCCAGAGGAAACUGGACAAGAAGCUCAGUGCACUGACUGACCAGAGGAAGACCAAGAAAUGGGACAAAGAGAAAUGAGAAGAAAAGAAAAAUCCCUUUCCCCUGCCCAGGCAGUCCCCUUUUGUGGAGAGAAUGAGAGACUCCCACAA